AUGUCCCGAAGAAAGCAGGCGAAACCUCAGCAUCUCCGAUCGGACGAAGAAGGAACACAGUCGGACAAAAGUCCGGAUAACGCACUUCUGUUGAGGGGAGGCGAUGAGGAGGACAGCGGCACGGAGAGCCGCAGUGGGGGCGAAGAGACGCACGUGUGUGAGCGGUGCUGUGCUGAAUUCUUCAAGUGGUCUGAGAUGCUGGAGCACCAGCAGAAGUGCACAGAAGACCCCCCUGUGCUCAUAGUAAAAGAGAAGGAAGAGAAGGUCAUUUCCCGGGGAUCACCGACAGAGUCCCUCUUUAGCGCCCAGAGUGACUCAGCAGAAAUGGAGGCCAGUGAAAUCAACUCCGAGCUUGCGGAGAAAGUCGACGAAAUGCCUGAGGAAACCCAUAUUAUUGACCUGGACGAACAAAUGGAUAUAAGUUUGCCUGAGCAUAAAACAUCGAAUCUCAGCCCUCUACCACUAGACGAUGAAAAUGCCACCUCGCCCCCCGCCCCACCUAUAACCAAUCACUAUGACAUGCCCAGCACCAAUGUGACCCUGGAGAUUCUUCACAGCACUCGAGUGGCUGUUGCUCAGUUUUCCCAGAGCAUUCACUGUGCAGGAUCUGCUGGAAAGCUGAACUCUGCUGCGAUACCCAUGAUUUUGGAGCAGUUGAUGGCACUGCAGCAACAGCAGGUUCAGCAAUUACAGCUCAUUGAGCAGAUCCGCAGCCAGGUCGCUGUAAUGAAUAGGCAGCCUACGCAAGCCGCCCUUAAUCCUGCCUCGAAAAGCCUACCCUCUGACUCUAACACUUACAAUUUCCAGGGCAUCGCUCCACCCCCUGUACUCCCAUUAUCUGGGGUCAUGCCCUCUACAGUGAAUGGGCAGGCCUCUGUAUCCCAGGCAUCUAUGCUUGCGAGGCCAUCAUUGCUGUCUUCCCAACCAAGCACUGGGCAAAUUGGCUCUAGAGCACUGGACAGUGCAACUUCUUCCUUGACAAGUUCCAGCCCUCAUCUCUUCAGCUACAGUGGGGCUUCUCCGCUCUUGCCCACCUGUAGUGGAUCCCUCUCUAAUGUUAGUAACACCCAAUCUGUAAGCACUCCCAGCCCACUAUCAGCUUGCCAGAGUAGCCUCCUUAGCCCUUCUGCCAACCUACCAUUACUACCUCAAAGCCCUCCCAACGGAGUCAUAUUUCCCAAUCCACUGGCCAGUAUUGCAGCCACUGCCAGUGCACUAGACCCACUGGCUGCUAUGAUGAAGCACCGCAAGGGCAAACUGCCCAGUGUCUCCAUAUUUGACAGCAAGCCUAGUUCUGAGGAUCCGUUCUUUAAGCACAAGUGUAGGUUCUGCGCUAAAGUGUUCGGCAGCGACAGUGCCUUGCAGAUACACUUGCGCUCGCACACAGGCGAGAGGCCAUUCAAAUGCAACAUUUGUGGCAACCGUUUCUCAACAAAAGGAAAUCUCAAAGUCCACUUCCAAAGGCACAAGGAGAAGUACCCUCAUGUUCAGAUGAACCCGUACCCAGUCCCAGAAUAUCUUGACAAUAUCCCCACUAGCUCUGGGAUCCCCUAUGGGAUGUCUUUCCCCCCAGAGAAGGCUGGACCUACUUGGUUAGACAGCAAACCUGUCCUUCCAACAGUGCCGUCUUCGGUUGGUCUGCAGUUGCCUCCCACAGUACCAAUUAUUGAAAGCCUAAGUGAUUCAUUUACAAGCACACCCUCAGAAAGGUCUCCACACAGGCCAUCACCAGCAAGAGGUGAACUUGCACCGUCGUCGCCAAAUCCCACUGGCACUGAGACAGAUGUGUCAACCAUUGCAGCCUCCCCUAAAUCAAACAGAGAGGCAGAGAUCACACAGAGUUUCAAUACAGAGGAAGUGCACCUACCGUCAAACAGUUUAAUCAGAAAUGGUAGCAAUUCCAACAUCCUGCUUUCGCAGUCCAUGUUGACAGAAACACCUGUAAAAGGGAAUGUACCCGAGUCCACUGAUGUUCCUUCAGCCAUUAUUAAACCGUCCUCUCCACCACUCAUCUCAGAUCAGUUCAGGAGCAAGUUCCCAUUUGGUGGUCUCCAGGAUUCUAUGCAAACAUCUGAGACAUCGAAGCUCCAACAGCUUGUGGAAAACAUUGACAAAAAGAUGAUGGAGCCCAAUCAGUGUGUGAUCUGCCACCGUGUGCUAAGCUGUCAGAGUGCGCUGAAGAUGCAUUACCGCAUCCAUACAGGAGAGAGGCCAUUUAAAUGCAAGGUUUGUGGGAGAGCAUUCACAACAAAAGGUAACUUGAAGACUCAUUUUGGUGUCCACCGUGCAAAGCCUCCUCUUCGGAUUCAGCAUUCAUGCCCGAUCUGUCAGAAAAAGUUUACAAAUGCUGUUGUAUUACAGCAGCACAUACGCAUGCACAUGGGUGGGCAAAUUCCAAACACACCACUGGCAGAAACCAUCUACGAGAAAGACACAGAUAUGGAGAGUUUUGACAGCAUGAGCACUUAUGACGACGACUGUCUUGAUGAUAUUUCAUUUGAAGAAGAAGGGGAUGUUGUGGAGAACAGUGAAAACACCCUGAGCUCCUUUUCAGAUAGUCCACCACCUAUCUCAUCUCUUCCAUCCAGUAUCUCAGAAUCUCAGAAUGUAGGGGGCGACUUAUCCAUCAAUCUCAGUCAAUCAAAUGGAAAAAAGAUGGUUAGGUGCGACCCUAUGGACAAUGAUCUUCAUGCUCCUCAUACGUCCACUGGUGAGAUGGAAAACCACAGCAUGGGAAAUAGUUUAAUGCCACAUUCAUCUAGCUCUAUUCACAUUCCAACCUAUUCCAACAGUCAACCUGAGGGACAGCAUGAGCAUUCGGUCUCUCUGAACCUCUCUUCUAAAACCCCAGAGGCAGCAGCUAUAGUAAAAUCUGAAUCAACAGACUGUCCUGCAGCAAAUGCAGUCAACGGGGUGACUCUUAAUCAAACAGGAAUCCAGCCUAUCAAGUCUUCAGUAAAGAAAGAAAACCCUUUCAACGUGCAAUGUUUCAGUAAGGAACAUGAAAAUGUUCAAAGGUCUACUGAACAGGAUACUAAAAAUCUGCCAACUGCAGUGAAACUGGAGAUGAGCAUUUGCAGUAGACCAUACAUGCUAAAAGAAGGUCCUUUCCCUGCAUUUGGCCUGCAGUCUCCCACCUCACGCUCUGAGGUGAUGAUACCGGGCGUCACCUCACUCACUGGACCACCUCCACCACGACGGACCCCUAAGCAACACAACUGCAGCGCAUGCGGAAAGAACUUCUCUUCUGCCAGUGCUUUGCAGAUCCAUGAGCGCACACACACUGGCGAAAAACCCUUCGGCUGCUCUGUCUGUGGUCGAGCAUUCACAACCAAGGGUAAUCUUAAGGUGCAUAUGGGCACUCACAUGUGGAAUAACACUCCUGCCCGUAGAGGUAGACGUCUGUCUGUGGAAAACCCAAUUGCCCUUCUGGGCGGUGAUGCCUUGAAAUUCAGCGAAGCAUUUCAGAAGGAUUUAGCCGCACGGGCCAUGAAUGUGGAUCAGAACUUCUGGAGCCGAUACGCAGCAGCUAUUACAAACGGCUUAGCAAUGAGGAACAAUGAAAUAUCCGUCAUUCAGAGUGGAGGAGUGCCCCAGCUUCCUGCUAUCACUGUGGCUACGGACAAGGCUAGCACUGGAAACAGCCCACCAAUCACAGCCAUGGAAAAAACAGGCUUAGAAAGGGGACCCGGACAACACUUCUCCAUGAUGAUCGAUGAUAAAAAAGACAUUGGGAUCAAUUAA